AUGAAUAAUGUGGCCAGGCACAAUAGGGUGCCUUCUCAGACAAAAGACCAUAAGACUGCAUCCCUGCGGUGCACACAGGCCCAGCAGGCCUUCAGGUCGGAGCCCAGGAACCUCACUGUGCGGAUGGGAGCCACAGCUGUGUUGAGGUGUGAGGUGCUGCGGGCCUCGGGGACUGUGCAGUGGGUGAAAGAUGGACUCCUCCUGGGACCACAGAGGAGCCUGCCAGGCUUUCCACGCUACAGCAUGAUUGGAAACCCCCAGAGAGCACAGUAUCAUCUUCAGAUUGAGAAAGCCCAACUGGAAGAUGAUGCCUUCUAUGAAUGCCAAGUGGGCCGGUCUGAGAGCAGUGGAGCAAUCAUUUCCAGAGCAGCCUGGGUCAACAUGCUAAUUCCUCCUUCCAAGCCAUACUUUGAGGUGGACAUGGCAACACCUUGGGUAGCAGGGAAGAAGUAUGCUGUCACCUGUAUCGCCCCUGAUGCAAAGCCUGUGGCUGAAAUCACACUUUAUAAGGAUGGAGUCGAGCUGACAGGUGCAGAGUCUUUCACCAUGUCUGGCUCAAAGGAUAAGCUCCUCAACACGCAUGCUAAAGUAACGGUCACCGCUCUGAGCUCUGAUAAUGGGAGGCAGCUUGCAUGUCAUGCCAAGAACCCCGCCCUUUUCCGGCCUGUGGAGACCACAAUGACCAUGAGUGUGUACUUCCCGCCUCAGCCUCCAGUUAUUGUAGGUCUGGAGAGAGAGGAAGUCAAAGCGGGGCGAAUGCUCGUGUUGGAGUGUGUGUCUCAUGAUGGAAACCCCCUAGCUGCUCUCCACUGGACCAAGAAUGGAGAAGUUUUGUCAACGACUUGGGAAGUGGACAAUGCAGCGCAAAAGUCCAGCAGCAUUCUCAACCUGAGGAUCAGCCCCGAAGACAACCAGGCAGUGUUGUGCUGUGAGAGCGUCAAUCUGGUGUCCCUGUCACCUCUGUCUGUCAGCCGCAAAAUCGCUGUCCUCUUUGAGCCGGCAGAGGUGACGCUGGUGGGUUCGUCCACAGCCAUCGAGGGGCAGGACUUGACUCUGAGCUGCUACGCCGCCUCCAGUAAUCCGCCUGUCCAGAUUCGAUGGUGGCUGGGUUACAAGGAGCUCAACACCACUGUUGUGACUAUGGAAGAGGGAGACAAUGGUGGGAUGACAACCAUGUCCAACAUGACCCACAGGGUCUCCCGGGAGGAGGAUGGGCUGAAACUCACCUGUGAGGCUUUCAACAAGGGCACACACUUCUCCAUGACCCAGUUCACAACACUCAGUGUCUACCACCCCCCUCAAAAGGUAUGGCUCGAUGCUCCCCCGCAAGAUGUCCCCCUUCGGUCAGGGACCACGGUCCGUCUCACUUGCUUCUCCACUGGAGGGAAUCCCACAGGGACUCUGACCUGGUUCAAGAAUGGAAGGACUGUGGCUGAUGCACUGAAGCAGACGUCUUUUGAUCGAGGGGUCGCUCGAGAACUGGUUCUUGCCCUGGCAGCAAGUGACAACAUGGCCACGUACCGCUGUGAUGCCACAAACAAGGCGAGGAAGACCAUCUCUGCAGAGACUAAGCUCAUGGUUCACUUUCCGGCAAUAAGUAUGAAGAUCUCAACCAAACAGAAGGAGCUACGUCGAGGCCAGGUGCUAACUUUGGAGUGCCAGUCUGGAAGCAGUAAUCCAAAGGCCAGCAUCUCCUGGAGCUUGGGUGCACUCAGAUUCCAGGGAGUGGAGCAGCCAUCCAGGAGAGCUCAGUUUGGCGGUGUGUCAGUGCACAGUUCUCUGUCCCUGAAUCUGAGUUCACAGCAUCACAACCAGAGGGUCAUUUGCCAGGCCUACAGUCCUGUGCUAGCAGAGGGGGCUAACACAUUCUUCAAACUCAAUGUGCUUUACCCACCAGAGUUCAGCCCCGAGCAGCCAACGCAGGUCCAAGUGGUGGAGGAUGACAUGGCAACCAUCCCACUGCUGGUCUCAGCUAACCCAGAGGAGGUCUCCUGCAUCUGGCUGCACCGCAGGGAGAAGCUGGUCAAAGAGGGGGAUCUGCGCUACCACUGGUCAGACGAUAACACGUUGGAGAUCAAGAAUGUGACGAGGAAAGAUGCUGGAGUUUACACUAUCAAGUGUGCAAAUGAUGAGGGCGUCAACCAGCUCUCCAUCAUGCUGGACGUUCAAUAUGCUCCCAGUGUCAAGGCAGAGAAAGACCCCGUGUUAGUAAACGUAGGGGAUACAGCAGACCUGAUAUGUGUGGCAGAUGCCAACCCCAUUAUACCUGACAUGUUCUCUUGGAAAUGGCUGGGAGAAGGGGAGGUGGAGAUGGGACAGGAGACCCAGGAAGACGAAUCUGGCCUCCUGACUAUCUAUGAUGUGACUCGGGCUCAUGCUGGUCUUUACCAGUGCAGAGCCCAUAAUGGCUUAGCACCCCCUGCCACUGUAGAUGUGCAGCUGGUAGUACAAUUCAAACCAGAGCUUCAGAAAGGGGCCCAAUGGAGGAAGCUGGCAAGUAGAGGGGAUGGCACCGCUACAGCUGAGGUAGUGUGUCAGGCGGAGGGUUUUCCUCGUGUCGACUUCUCUUGGGAAAAAAAUGGUGUAUGCAUGGACUUUGCAAACCCCAGGUAUGAGGAGCGGACCGUGAGGGAGGGCUUCCUCCACACCAGCACAGUCAGAGUUGUAAAUGUGAGCGCAGCCCUGGACUAUGCUGUCUUCAGCUGCACUGCUCGCAACUCACUUGGGGAAGACAAGCUAGACAUCCAGCUCGUCAGCACAAGUCACCCAGAUCCUCCUUCGUCAUUUCGUCAAGUCAGCGUCUCCCACGACUCGGUCACUCUGGAGUGGAUCCCUGGUUUCAACGGCGGUUUGCGGCAAAGAUUUCGAGUGAGAUACCGCUGGGAUCAGUCAGCCAGUUUCCUCUACAUGGACGUCUUUCCUCCCAGAGCAACAACCUUCACUGUCACUGGCCUGCAGCCUGUCACCACCUACAACUUCUCUGUCAAUGCACUCAAUGCAAUGGGAGAGAGUGACUAUGCUGACAACAAUGCAAUACUGACCAUCACCACCAAGGAGAGGCCUGAAGAAGAAAAAGUCCCAACAGAUGAUGACUCAGUCCCUUUGAGUGCUCGUGGAUUGCCGACCUAUUUAAUAGUCGUGUUCAGUGUGGUGUUUGGAGUCCUGCUGGUGUUAAAUUCACUCGGUUGCUUCUUUGGAUUGAAAUGGAAAAAAUGGCGAGGCCAGACAGGAGGUAGAGGAGGCAGUGUGUUGGAUGGAAAGAAGAGUGAAGAGGAGGGGUCCAGUCAGUCAACUGUAAGCAACUCCAAUAAGUAUGAGAGCAGAGAAAAGAUCAACGCCGCAGCCCAGCGCACCCUCCUCAUCGACUCUGGAUCUGAAACAGACAGCAAUGUCUACGAGAGCUAUGCAGCGGGAAGUUCCCAUUAUUAUUACCCCACUGGUGACUACAUGCCACCCCUCCGCCCACUCUCUGAGGAAAACGUUAGGCUUGAUGUGACCCACCUCCCCGUGGACUCUAACAGCCAUCUGUAUGAAGAUGUAAGAGAAUGGGGACCAUACCAGGACAUCCUGGCUUCCCCUCUUACUUCCCCUGCAUCCUUGUUUGACCACAAACUGCCUCAUCAAAGGAGUGAAUGGAGGCCACCGACCUCCCCUCAGGGUUCUGGGAGAGUGGGAGAAUUCAUGGAUGUUCGACAGCAGCAGAAGGAUUCGGAUCUUCCCUUUGAACUACGAGGCGAGUUAGUCUAGAAUGAGAAGGUCAGAACAAACAGAUACACUACAGCAGGGCUUUUGACUGAGCUGUUGUCAUUGAGUGCAGUAUUGUAUAGCAGAUAUUGAAUACAAUUUCUUUCUUUUUAAUUCUUUUUGAAUGAUAUUGCACUUUGUCACCUUGAAUGUACCCGUCACAAGAUUAGAAUGUAGCUGCAGUGCUCAGAUGUGGUAUAACACGGUAUUUCACUUCCAAUUUUUCUGUGUAAAUUGUUAACAUUGAGUGUUUCCCUCGGACUGAGUUGACCUGCAGUAGGGGAAGACAAAAAGUGAGCAGAACUAUGCAAUCUAGACAUGCUUUUUUCCCUCCACCGGCUUAUUUUCUUCCCCCUCUGUAAUCUUGGUCGUCCCUUGACCACAUUUUGUUCUUUCACCUCUACCCUCUGUCUUGGAGCCAAGUCACGGUCACUACCCACAGUCCCCCCUCCUCUCCUUUGGCCUGCAGGUAGACAUGAAUCAGUCAGUUAGAGACAAAAAUGGACUGACAACACUGUGGUUGGCACUGAGACACAAGCAGCACAGACUCACAGUGCCUCCUAAGCAGACAACAUUCUUUUUGACCCAUCUGAUGUCGACAUUUUCAAACAUGUAUC